UACUUACCAAAUGUAUGGACCAAACGAACAACUAACUGGAUCACCAGCGGACGUCUAUCGCUGCUUCAUGCUUCCCUCACCAAUCUCAUCCAACCGACGAGCAAAAUCUCGGCACCUCCGUUCCUUCUCCUCCUCCGACCUCAAACGCGCUCUCAGCCUCCUCCGCGCACGAUCAAGGUUCACCCACCUAAGCAUCCUCAUUCUCACAGGAUGUUUCUGUGUUUCCUUCCUAUAUAACCUCGCAUUCAUAUUCUCCUCUCCGCCUUCCUCCUUGGUAGCUUACACCCCUCCUCAGAGCAUUCUCUCAACAAUAGCUCGUAAUUCAACCUUAGAAAACCUAUCCCAUCUCGUCAUUGUUCCAGGACACGCAAUUUGGACUGGUACACAGCCUGACGAGGUGUUAAACGAAGACCGGUGGACGUUAGAGGAGUAUCAGCGAGGGGGAGGUGGCUUCAGAAUCGCUGCAUUCGUAGAACAUAUCAGACGAGGAGUAGAAAUAACGCUAAAAGACGAUACGUCCCUACUCAUUUUCAGUGGAGGUCAAACUAGACUGCAGUCGACUACGACAGAAGCAGAAUCUUACAUGCGUUUAGCAACGAGUCUAGGUCUCUUCUAUCCCGAAUCAAAGGGAACGCACCACGAGCCCUAUUUUCCUCGUGCGACGACAGAGACCCACGCUCUCGAUUCAUACCAAAACUUUUUAUUCUCCGUGGCUCGUUUUCACGAAAUGACAGGUCGGUACCCCCUACGGGUCACCGUCGUGGGCUACGAAAUGAAGCGCCGUCGCUUCGAAGAACUCCACCGCGCAGCCAUUCGAUUUCCCUCUCAUAAUUUCGAAUACAUCGGCAUCGAACCUGCUGGCGAGCAAGAAACCGAGUCCGCUCGUAUGGGCGAAGUUAACAAUGGAUACGCGCCGUAUAACAUCGACUUGUAUGGCUGCCACGAUUUUUUGCUCGCUAAACGACGAGGGCGAAAUCCGUUUUUACGGUUUCAUUCGUAUCAUGCGUCAGCACCGGAGUUGAGGGGGCUGUUGGAAUGGUGUCCUGAUGAUGCGAGGAUGGUGUAUGAUGGACCGUUGCCUUGGGACAUUUAUGAAUGAGAUAUCAUUCUACGAUUUUUAGGUUCGAGCAGCCUGCGGGUUCAUUCUAUGUGAGAACUGCUAUGGACUUGCGCGUGGAAACCCUCGUCGGAACGUCCUCGCCAGGCCUUGUCCGAAUUCACACGUCGACAAAUGUCUUACGGCUGCAAUACUUUCCGAUCAUGAUAUCGUUCCGAGUGGCCCUACUGCUUAUCACACAUCAAGAAAUCCGACAGGCUCUUGAACUGCUGGAUUUCUUGAAAAGCUGGAUGGAAGGAGAAUUCUGGGGCGAUAACGUACUCUCUGAUCACCUCGCAAAGGGCGUGGUGUCUGGAGUCAGUCUCAAAAUCCAUUCGAGGCACGACUUGAGGGCGUGCCAGCCCUGUCAAAGACAGAACUCAAAUUUAUGAUACUAAUAGACAUCAGCGUUGCAGGAUAGAUGGUCUCCUGGUCAUGAACCUCAAAUCCUGUACUCAGCCCCUGUUGAGCGGCGCUUUCUCCAG